AUGUCUUCAUCAUCAUCAUCACCUCCACGUACUUUUAUUUAUUCACUUCUUCCAAGUGCCGCUAAUGCCCUCUUCCAAAAAGUUUCGGUAAUUUCACUUGAAAUCCUUUCUGGACUUUGUUUUUGUGCAGAAUUUGGUCAUAGAGCAGUUUUAAAAGCAUUGACUCAAGUUAAAUUACUUAGGGGAGAAAGAACGAGAUUUCAACGUUUAAUUGACGAUUUAUUUAAAGAACAUGGAAACACUCCGAGGGAUACUGCUCGUGUUAGACUUGCUCUUAUGUCUUUGAUAAAUGCUUUGCUAAAAGGAGGCGCUGCAGAGGUAAAUUUAAUUUUAAUUUAA